AGUAUAGUGGUGAGUAUUCCGCCUGUCACGUGGUUCGAUCCCCGGCAACGGCGUUAAUCUUUUUAAUUUUCAAACAACCCUGGCCCAAGCUGAGGAUCGGAUCCCUCCAUCACCUACUGAAAUAAAUAAUUUUUUUUUCUCAAAUAUGUUUUAAAUAUACAUAUUUUAUUAAUCAUACUUUAUUAUAAUUAAAAAAUCAAUGUGUUUUUAUAUUUUGAAAAUUGAAAGUAAAAUUUCUUUUUAUUCAUCAAAUGUAUUUUUAAAUUUCCAAAAAAGAUAAUCUUCUAAAAAUGAAAAUAAAACAAAAAAUAGAAAACCAUCUUUUCUUGUAUUUGGAUUUUGGUUUGAAAAGUAAUUUUGGGUAUCUAACCUAACCCUAGCCCGCCACCUAUCCAUAUAUUUUCGCCCCAUAAAAGGAACACUAGUUAUACUGUUAGCUAAUUACUAGCAAAGCGGCGAAGCGAUUUGCAAUCUCAACUCACCGUUUCUCACGAUUGGAUUCUCCUUAAAAUCAUGGCUGCUCAGAUUAGCAAGAAGCGCAAGUUUGUUGCGGAUGGAGUGUUUUACGCGGAGCUAAAUGAGGUUUUGACAAGGGAGCUUGCUGAGGAUGGAUACUCCGGAGUUGAAGUUAGAGUUACUCCUAUGCGUACUGAGAUCAUCAUCAGAGCUACUCGUACUCAAAAUGUUCUUGGUGAGAAGGGUAGAAGGAUUAGAGAGUUGACUUCUGUUGUUCAGAAACGAUUCAAGUUUCCAGAGAACAGUGUGGAACUCUAUGCUGAGAAAGUUAACAACAGGGGUCUUUGCGCCAUUGCACAGGCCGAAUCCCUGCGAUACAAGCUCCUUGGAGGCCUUGCUGUUCGGAGGGCUUGCUAUGGUGUUCUCAGAUUUGUCAUGGAGAGUGGAGCCAAGGGAUGCGAGGUCAUAGUGAGUGGAAAACUCCGAGCUCAGCGUGCAAAGUCGAUGAAGUUCAAGGAUGGGUACAUGAUAUCCUCUGGUCAUCCCGUCAAGGAAUAUAUUGAUUCUGCUGUUAGACAUGUCCUUCUUAGGCAGGGUGUGCUGGGUAUCAAAGUUAAAAUCAUGCUGGAUUGGGAUCCAAAGGGCAAGCAGGGUCCAAUGACCCCAUUGCCUGAUCUCGUCACCAUCCACCCUCCCAAGGAAGAGGAAGAGUAUACAGAAAAGAAAGACUUUGAACCGCUUGCUCCCCCAACCAAUAUCGAGGUUCCUGUUGUGGUUUAGAGCCCACCCCAAAUGAGCCUUGAAUGUAGUGUUUCACUCAAGUUUUCAACUAUUUAGUUAAAGGAGAUCACUAGAUUUCUGCCUGUACGGAUUACUAUUUCGCGAAUGAGGUGGAUUUUGGUCGUGUUUAGUGUACUUGGUAUAUUUUAAAGGAAUAUUAUUAAGCUUAUCUGUUUGCUUA